UGCGUUGCGGAAACACAGGCUCGGAUUGCGAACCGCAUGUGUUUGGCUUGGUGUAAAUUCUUCCCAAUCGCUUCUUCCAUCAUACAUCCUCUUGUCCUAGGCGGAUGGUUGAUAUUUCGAGCAGCAGGAUCGUCCAGGCGGCAGCAGCAGAGUCAACAGCAUGUUCAGGACAGUGAUUGGACUCACCUCGGGAUUGCUAUUAGGUUAGUCGUGGAUAUUCGUGCCUGGCCAGCAAUCGCGAAGUUCGUCUCGGACCCCAAAGUGGGAGAGAAAUUGACGCUCGUGGAAGCGGCUACGGCCG